AUGGAGGCAACCCCAAAGCCAAUCCCCAAAGGCAACCCCAAAGGCAACCCCAAAGCCAAUCCCCAAAGGCAACCCCAAAGGCAACCCCAAAGCCAAUCCCCAAAGGCAACCCCAAAGGCAACCCCAAAGCCAAUCCCCAAAGGCAACCCCAAAGCCAAUCCCAAAGGCAACCCCAAAGGCAACCCCAAAGCCAAUCCCCAAAGCCAAUCCCAAAGGCAACCCCAAAGCCAAUCCCCAAAGGCAACCCCAAAGCCAAUCCCAAAGGCAACCCCAAAGCCAAUCCCCAAAGGCAACCCCAAAGCCAACCCCAAAGGCAACCCCAAAGGCAACCCCAAAGGCAACCCCAAAGGCAACCCCAAAGCCAAUCCCCAAAGGCAACCCCAAAGCCAAUCCCAAAGGCAACCCCAAAGGCAACCCCAAAGCCAAUCCCCAAAGCCAACCCCAAAGGCAACCCCAAAGCCAAUCCCCAAAGGCAACCCCAAAGGCAGCCCCAAAGCCAAUCCCAAAGGCAACCCCAAAGCCAACCCCAAAGCCAAUCCCAAAGGCAACCCCAAAGCCAACCCCAAAGGCAACCCCAAAGGCAACCCCAAAGGCAGCCCCAAAGCCAAUCCCAAAGGCAACCCCAAAGCCAACCCCAAAGCCAAUCCCCAAAGGCAACCCCAAAGCCAAUCCCCAAAGCCAAUCCCCAAAGCCAACCCCAAAGGCAACCCCAAAGCCAAUCCCCAAAGCCAAUCCCCAAAGCCAACCCCAAAGGCAACCCCAAAGCCAAUCCCCAAAGCCAAUCCCCAAAGCCAACCCCAAAGGCAACCCCAAAGCCAAUCCCAAAGGCAACCCCAAAGCCAAUCCCAAAGGCAACCCCAAAGCCAAUCCCCAAAGGCAACCCCAAAGCCAAUCCCAAAGGCAACCCCAAAGGCAACCCCAAAGCCAACCCCAAAACCAAUCUCCAAAGGCAACCCCAAAGCCAAUCCCAAAGCCAAUCCCAAAGGCAACCCCAAAGCCAAUCCCAAAGGCAACCCCAAAGGCAACCCCAAAGCCAAUCCCAAAGGCAACCCCAAAGGCAACCCCAAAGCCAAUCCCAAAGGCAACCCCAAAGGCAACCCCAAAGGCAAUCCCAAAGCCAAUCCCCUUGGCUCAACAUAUUCUGACCCCUCACUACCCCUGGGCAGAAGGGCUGUGUGUCUUGUUUGCCCUCCGAGCACCAGUCCAGAAGAGGUUUCAUUGACAGUGAUACCUUUAUUGUAUGUUCAAACCUCUGUUGAAAAGUAA